AUGUGGAUUUAUACUGUGAAACUCAAAGCAGAUGGAUCCGUUGAAAGAUAUAAAGUUAGAUUGGUGGCGAAUGGGUACAUACAGAGAUAUGGGACAAACUACGAGGAGACCUUUGCCCCAGUAGCCAAGAUUAACACUAUUAGAGUCCUAUUGUCUCUAGCAGCAAAUCUCGAUUGGCCACUACAUCAGUUUGAUGUCGAAAAUGCAUUCUUACAUGGAGACUUGGAAGAAGAAGUAUAUAUGGACUUACCCCCAGGAUGUAAUUCAGCUCCUGACAAGAAAAAUCAAGUUUGCAAGCUCAAAAAGUCAUUAUAUGGGUUAAAGCAAUCUCCCAAGGCAUGGUUUGGCAGAUUUACUAAAUCUAUGAAGAAUUUUGGAUAUACACAGAAUGACAGAAUCGUAACUAGAAACGACGCAAAAGAGCAACUGAAGUUGCAAAAGUAUUUGUCUCAGGAAUUUGAGAUGAAGGAUUUAGGUGAUUUGAAGUACUUUCUCGGAAUCGAAGUAGGAAGGUCAAAAACUGGUAUAUUUCUGUCUCAAAGGAAGUAUGUAAUGGAUCUACUAACUGAAACAGGAAUGCUUGGAUGUAAGCCUGCUGACACACCCAUUGAGAUGAAUCACAAGUUGUGUGAAGACAUGGACCAAGAACCAACCAAUAAGGAACAGUACCAAUGCCUUGUUGGAAGGUUGAUAUACUUGGCACACACAAAACCAGAUAUUGAAUAUGCUUUAGCCCCUGGGAAAGGAUUAAUGUUCUCAAAAAAUGGAGAUCUUGGAUAUACAGAUGUUGAUUGGGCUGGUUCCAUUAUAGAUAGACGAUCUACUUCUGGUUACUUUACAUUCAUGGUAGGUAACCUAGUCACUUGGCGGAGUAAAAAGCAAAAUGUGGUUUCUCGAUUUAGUGCAGAAGCAGAGUAUCGAGGAAUGGCUCAAAGAGUUUGUAAAUUAUUGUGGAUCAAAAGACUCUUGACAAAAUUGGGCUUCAAGCCAGAAAAGCCAAUGGAGUUGCAUUGUGACAACAAGUCAGCUAUCUAUAUUGCCCAUAAUCUAGUUCAACAUGAUCGAACCAAACCUGUUGACUCACUUACCAAGUUGGGCAUUGGUGACAUAUAUACACCAACUUGA